AUGGCAACCAACGUCUCGGGCUGCAACGAGCAGAAUGACUUUUCCAAGCGCUUCUACGCCAUCGUGUACACGAUCAUCUUGAUCCCUGGACUGAUAGGGAACAUUUUGGCCCUCUGGGUGUUUUAUGGGUACAUGAAAGAAACGAAGCGGGCAGUCAUUUUUAUGAUCAACCUCGCCAUUGCAGAUUUGGCGCAAGUAUUGUCCUUGCCCUUGCGAAUUUUCUAUUACCUGUCAGAAAGCUGGCAUUUUGGAAACGGAGUCUGCAUGUUUUGCUUCUACCUUAAAUACGUCAACAUGUACGCCAGCAUCUACUUCUUAGUGUGCAUCAGCGUGAGGCGUUUUUUGUUCCUCAUGUACCCCUUUAAGUUCAACAACUGCAAGCGCAUCUACGACGUGUACAUCAGCGUCGCCGGGUGGAUCGUCGUCUGUGCGGGGUGCUUGCCUUUCCCCCUUCUACGACUGACAUCUAACGGGACGCAGAACAGCGACAAAUGCUUUGCGGAUCUUCCCGUCAUGGCCGUCGAUAGCACCGUCAGCAUCGCCAUGAUGGCCCUCGGCGAACUGUUUGGGUUUGUGACCCCUUUGCUGAUCAUUCUGUACUGUACGUGGAAGACGGCUUUAUCUCUAAGAGAAAACAAUUCCGUUUCCCAAGACCGUGGCGAGAAAAAGAAAGCGCUGAAGAUGAUCUUAACUUGCGCUGUGGUGUUUCUGAUUUGCUUCGCCCCUUACCACAUCAGCUUCCCUUUGGACUUCUUUGUGAAAGCCAAAAGAAUCGAAGACUGCCAGGCUCGAAAGGUGAUUUUGAUCUUCCACACCAUGGCCUUGAGUAUCGCCAGUCUGAAUUCUUGCCUGGAUCCGGUCAUUUAUUACUUUACGACCGAUGAGUUUCGAAGAAGACUUUCAGGGCAAGACUUGCAAGACAGCAUCCAGCUCCAUAACGCACACUAUGGGAAAACUAACGGCCCUACACAGAACAGUGCGACAGCAUGA